AUGUUGGCUGGAUCUCUUGGUCAAAUGCCUCAAGCUAAUGCUGGAAAUUGGAAUGCUGAUGAUGAUGAGUACCGUGCUUUAGGGAAGUUCCAGAGGAAAAAUCCUCCUAUCUUUGAGGGUGAGCAUGAACCGGAUAAAGCUCAAGCUUGGUUGAAGGAGAUUGAGAAGAUUUUUCGAGUCAUGAAUUGUACCGAUGCUCAGAAAAGGUCAAAGUGUUUGAAGUUUGUCAAUGGUUUGAGACCGGAUAUCAAGAAGGCGAUUGGUUAUCAACAGAUUACCCGUUUUGCUAAGUUGAUCAAUAAGAGUCGGAUUUAUGAUGAGGAUAGUAGGGAGAGUACUUCUCACUACAAGGCGAUGAAUGAUAAGAAAGGUCAAUUCCGUGGAAAACCAUACGACAAUAAGAAGAAGGCUGGUUUUGGCGGAAAGCCAAGUGGGGGAGUAUCUAGUGCUCCGAUUAAGUGUUUUAAAUGUGGAGUUGAGGGACAUCGUGCUGUUAAUUGUUCCAAAGUCGAGGUAACAUGUUUCAAGUGUGGCAAGAGUGGUCACAAAGCAAACGAGUGUAGAGGUGGUUCGAAGAGAUUUUGGGAUUGA